CUAUAGGGCGUUAUGGAACGAGAGAUAGGCCUACCUUUCAUAGCCGACUGAUGAUUUGAUUGGAUAAAUGACGAGACUGGUGAUCAGAAUGAAGUUCAUGUAUUUUUAUGAAUAAGAGAAGGAGCGAGAAGUAAAGGACGCGAGGAUUGGACAUCUGGGAAUAUUGCUGGUCCAUCUAGCAGAAAUCUCCCAGUUGUUGCCUCCAGGACAAGACUCAUCCCAAUAAACAUCAACCUGCAGAAGAAUCACACCAUUUCAUCACGUAGUGUGUUUCAGUUGGACAGACUGGACAGAGGGCAGCCGACACAGCGACGGUGUGAGUGGAGCAGAGAGAACUGAGGAUGGGGGGCGGAGGUCAGCAGACUGAGUCAAGCGAGCCGGCCAAGGGUGACAGGGUUGGGCCCGGUGGAGGGGGAGGAGGGCGAGGUGGCAGUGCAGUCUACACCUGGGAAGAGGUCCAGAGGCACUGCCACAGAGGUGACCAGUGGUUGGUCAUCGACAGGAAGGUCUAUAAUAUUACCCAGUGGGUGAAGAGACACCCGGGGGGCAUCCGGGUCAUCAGUCACUUUGCCGGAGAAGAUGCCACGGACGCAUUUGUCGCAUUCCAUCCCAAUCCUAAUUUUGUCAGGAAGUUUCUGAAGCCGUUGCUGAUUGGAGAGCUGGCAACGACAGAGCCCAGCCAGGACCAUGGGAAAAAUGCAGUACUGGUGCAGGACUUCCAGGCCUUGCGUGACCGUGUGGAGAGGGAGGGUUUGCUCAUUGCCCGCCCCCUGUUCUUCAGCCUCUACCUGGGCCACAUCCUGCUACUAGAGGCCCUGGCUUUGGGCCUGCUCUGGGUCUGGGGGACCAGCUGGAGCGUCACACUGCUCUGUUCCCUCAUGCUGGCCACGUCUCAGUCCCAGGCUGGCUGGCUGCAGCAUGACUUCGGCCACCUGUCAGUCUGCAAGAAAUCCAGUUGGAAUCACGUACUGCACAAGUUUGUCAUUGGACACCUAAAGGGUGCCUCUGCUAACUGGUGGAACCAUCGUCACUUCCAGCACCACGCUAAACCCAACGUGUUGAGUAAAGAUCCUGAUGUUAAUAUGCUGCAUGUCUUCGUCCUGGGAGACAAACAGCCUGUAGAGUAUGGUGUAAAGAAGUUGAAGUACAUGCCCUACCAUUACCAACACCAGUACUUCUUCCUCAUUGGACCUCCACUACUCAUUCCAGUGUUUUUCACCAUCCAGAUAUUCCAGACCAUGUUUUCACAACGGAACUGGGUGGAUCUGGCGUGGUCGAUGACUUUCUACCUUCGCUUCUUCUGCUGUUACUAUCCCUUCUUUGGUUUCUUUGGCUCAGUAGCAUUGAUCAGCUUCGUCAGGUUUUUGGAAAGCCACUGGUUUGUGUGGGUGACCCAGAUGAAUCAUCUUCCUAUGGAGAUAGAUCACGAGAGACACCAGGACUGGCUCACCAUGCAGUUGAGUGGUACUUGCAAUAUUGAACAGUCACCCUUCAACGACUGGUUCAGUGGACACCUCAACUUUCAGAUUGAACACCAUCUGUUUCCCACCAUGCCCCGUCAUAACUACCACCUUGUGGCUCCUCUGGUUCGUACUCUGUGUGAGAAACAUGGAAUUCCCUACCAGGUCAAGACUUUGCAGAAAGCCAUCAUUGAUGUUGUCAGGUCACUGAAGAAGUCAGGGGAUCUGUGGCUGGAUGCAUAUCUUCAUAAAUAAAACCCUUCCUGACUCUGGACAGGAUUUAAAUCCAUCGCAGAUUAACUACAUGUGAACAGAGAUAGUUUCCCCAGACGUUUGUGUCGGAUGCUGUAUUUUGUUGUGACGUAAUUGUUUUAAUCAUUUUUUGGACCCCAGGAAGAGUAGCUGCUGCCUUGGCAGGAACUAAUGAGGAACCAUAAACCCAGGAAGAGUAGCUGCUGCCUUGGCAGGAACUAAUGGGGGAUCCAAAAGAAACAAUCCAGGGUUUAUAUUAGGGCUGUCAGAGUUAAUCAGUUAAAACUGAAGUUAACAUUUUUUAAAUUUUAGUGCAUACAUUUUUUUGUUGCAUUGUCUGAAAGCGUUGAAUACACUGAAAACAUCCAAAAGACAUCAUGUAUACAACUAAAAUCUAUAAUGCCAUGUAAAAAAUAAGUUGAGGUUAAAUAAAGUUUGCUUUCUCAGUUUACCUAAUUUUGCUAACUUUUACUUUAGAAAAAAGUUUUUGGUAUGAAAAAUCUUAAAUUACAGCUCACUUUGAGCAAAUUAAGAAUUUGCAAUUAAUCGCAAAUCCUGCUAGUUAACUCGAUUGAAAACAUUUAAUUGUUUGACAGCCUUAGUUUAUGUACAUCAUUGGUAGGGCGUCUUUUUUUGUGGGGAUUUUCUUUUAUGGCAUUUCAAGCAUUAUCCACUGGGCUUGCUGCAGGCAGAAAAUCCUAGGAAAUGCUCUUUAAUUGACACAAGCUGUCUCCAAUCAAUCAUUCAAUGUCUGGUUGUGUGUGAAUGUUUUGAUGGGGGGGGGAGAUCUCUUAAACCAGGGGAGGCACAGCAUAGGAAACGUAAUCGCACUAAACCUAUUAUUUGGCAGGGAAUACUAUUUGUAGAUCAGUGAUUCUACGCCUCACUUUGCUUAAACUGAUCCCCUCUAAUAGACUCUAUACCUGAUCAUCGGAGGUUUAUAAAACAUUUGGUAAUUAGAACAGUUUUAAAGGGGAGACUAUGAAUCCAACAAGAAAAAAGAAAAAAAUAUACCGGUGGGACGCUUUUGGAGAUCACAGCAAUAUAUUCUGCAAAAUCUGCAAUUUAGCAUUUAGAUUAUAAACGGUAAGUCAAGAUACACAGCCUUCUGAAAGAAAGUAAAUACCUUACGCUUUGUCAGAAGAAUGUUUCUAUGCAAGACAGUUUAGCUCGGCAGCAGGUGGUGAAGGAUAUAGUGAAACAGUCUCAACCUUACCUCAACAUUUCACAACGUAUUCGUUGUCUGUUCUUAACAUAUGGGUAUGAUAGUCUACAUUUUCUGAUAUUAAAAAUGCCUAUUUUCAUUUGCUACAAAUAACACAACUUCGCUAACUCUUAAUGGCCUCAGUAUUUGAAGGGAAAUGCUUCUCACAGCUUAAUUAAUGUAAGCGCUCAUAAAAGCGCAGGUAGGGUACUAGGGGGUAACUAAAACAAUGUCUAAUUGCUGACACGCAAAAUGCAUUUUGGAAAACAAAUUGGUACGUGGAUGAAGGUCAUGCUUAGGUGAAUAAACUAUAAAGGGAAAUAAAUGGCUACAGUUGA